AUGUCCCCAAGGUGCCACCGCCCCGUCUCCCUGUCCCCUGUCCAGGUUCCUGGUGGCCGUGCUGGCGGUUCCUGGUGGCGGUGCCGGCGGUGGCCUCCCGGGGCGUGGUCCCUGCACAGCGGCCGCCCCCCGCCCUGGGCGCAGCGGCAGCGGCAGCGCCUGGAGCAGCGGCUGCGGGAGGAGCUGAGGGCCCGCGGCGCUCACCUGGCCCAGGGGCUGCAGACGCAGUUCCCUGACCCGCGGCUGGUGCAGUACGACUGCGGUAAGCUGCAGGCCCUGGACGUGCUCCUGCGCCGGCUGCGCGCCGGGGGGCACCGGGUGCUGAUCUUCACGCAGAUGACGCGGAUGCUGGACGUGCUGGAGCGCUUCCUCACCUUCCACGGGCACAUCUACCUGCGCCUGGACGGCUCCACCCGCGUGGAGCAGAGACAGGCCCUCAUGGAGCGCUUCAACGCCGACAAGCGAAUUUUCUGCUUCAUCCUCUCCACGCGCUCGGGCGGCGUCGGCGUCAACCUGGCGGGGGCGGACACGGUCGUGUUCUACGACUCGGACUGGAACCCGACCAUGGACGCGCAGGCGCAGGACAGGUGCCACCGCAUCGGCCAGACCCGCGACGUGCACAUCUACAGGUUGAUCUCGGAGCGCACCGUUGAGGAGAACAUUCUCAAGAAGGCCAAUCAAGAGCGGCUCCUGGGGGACAUGGCCAUCGAGGGCGGCAACUUCACCACGGCCUACUUCAAACAGCAAACCAUCCGCGAGCUGUUCGACAUGGCGCCCGAGGAGCCGGCCCGGGAGGACAGGGACGCGCCCGAGGACGACGAGGACCCCCCCGCGGCCACCAGGAGGACGCACAUCCUGGAGCAGGCUCUGUGCGGGGCCGAGGACCCCGAGGACAUCCGGGCGGCCUCGCAGGCCCAGGCCGAGCACGUGGCCGCCAUGGCCGAGUUCAGCGAGAGCCCCAGCCCCGAGGGAGCCCCCGAGGAGGAGCUGAGCAAGGCCGAGCAGGAAAUCGCGGCGCUGGUGGAACAGCUGACCCCCAUCGAGCGCUACGCCAUGAACUUCCUGGAGGCCUCGCUCGAGGACGUCAGCAGGGAGGAGCUGAAGCAGGCCGAGGAGCAGGUGGAGGCCGCCCGCAAGGACAUCGACCAGGCCAAGGGGGGCGGGGGGCGCUUCCGGCUGCCCCCCGAGGAAGAGGAGGAGGAGGAGGAGGAGGAGGAAGAGCCCUCAGGGGGCGUGGCCAACGCCGGGGGCGGAGCUUUAACCCUGGAGGAGGCGGAGCUUAGCGCGGAGAAAGGGGCGGAGCAAAGGGCUGGAGGAGGAGGAGGGGGCGGGGCCCGGAAGUUGCGAAGGGCCCGGGGUUUGCCCCGCCCACCUCACCCCACGCGGGCCAGUCAGCGCUUGAGGGCGGUGACGUCACCCGUGACGUCACAGAGUUCGGAAACGCCCCCUGUGACGUCACAGCCCGGCCCCGUGACGUCAUCGCCGCCGCCGGCUGCCGCCGUGGUGACGUCAUCGCCGCCGCCCGCGUUGACGUCAUCGCCGCCGCCUCCUCAAGCCACGCCCCCCGCCCUCCCCGCCGUCGCCUCCCCCGGUGACGUCAUCGCCGCCGCCGCAAGCCACGCCCCCGCCCUCCCCUCCCCCUCCUCCUCCCGUGACGUCAUCGCCGCCUCCCGUGACGUCAUCGCCGCCUCCCCUGCCCGAAUCCCCGCCCCCCUCCUGUGACGUCAUCACCUCCUCCUCCUCCCAAAUCCCCGCCCC